GUUUGUAACAUGUUUUGGGUCCCAAAUUGCCACACACACAGAUAUCGAUCCCAAAGAGGUCGACCCCAAUGCUGCUGCACCGUUUGGAGCUAGGCCAGGUCCAAGCCCACCUCACCAAGUCCCUGAAACCCAACCUCCUCAACUCCCUCCUUGGCGCGCUCUCCCGCUCAAAAACCCCCGCCAAAGCCAUUCAAAUCUACUCCCUCAUGGUUCACUCCUCCUUCCCCCACGACCACUUCACCUACACCUUCGUCCUCAAAUCCUGCUCCCUCCUCGCCCACCACCACCGCCACCGCCCCCUCCCCCUCGGCCGUCAAGUCCACGCCCGCCUCCUCAAAUCCGGCCACCACUCCGACCUCUUCGUCCAAAACGCACUUCUAAGCUUCUACUCCGCCGACGCCGAUGCCAACGCCGCGCGCCGCGUCUUCUCGGGCAUCGCCGACCCCGACGUCGUCUCCUGGACCUCUCUCGUGUCGGCGCUCGCGAGAAACGGCUGCGAUGCGGAGGCUGUUAAUGCGUUCGCGGGAAUGGGUGCGAGGCCGAACGCGAUGACCCUCGUGAGCCUUCUUCCGGCUUGUUCUGCUCUCAAAGCUCUCAAUAUCGGGAAGUCGGUUCAUGGGUUUUGUUUUCGGAGCUUCGGCGGACACGGUAGUAAUGUCAUUCUGGACAACGCUAUCCUUGAUAUGUAUUUUAAAUGUGGUGAUAUUGUUUCUGCACAGACUCUGUUUGGCGAAAUGCCUCGCAGAGAUGUGGUCUCUUGGACCACGAUGGUGUCUGGGUUUGCACGGAACGGAAGCUAUAAAGAGGCCAUAUUUGCAUUUUGUGAAGUGCUUUUAGAUGGAGAGGUCGAGCCUAACGAGGCCACCAUUGUUAGCGUGUUGGGUGCGAUCGCUUCCCUGGGGUCUUUAAGUUUGGGAAAGUUGGUGCACUGUUACUUGCUUAGGAGUCAACUUGGUGUUGACGGAAUUUUGGGUAAUGCUCUGAUUAACAUGUACACCAAGUGUGGUGAUGUCGGUUUGGCUUUUAAGGUGUUCAGGGAGCUUUCGUACAAGGAUUUGGUUUCGUGGUGCACCGUUAUCGGGGGAAUGGCCAUUAAUGGUAGAGUUGGGCACGCUUUACAGCUUUUCUCUUUGAUGCUACGAUAUGGGGCUCAGCCCGAUGGCAUUGUUUUCCUUGCAUUGCUCUCCUCAUGUUGUCAUGCCGGGUUGGUAGACCAUGCUUUGGUUAUAUUUGAUGCCAUGAGUAAAGUUUACGGGAUUAUGCCACAGAAGGAGCACUAUACAUGCAUGAUCGAUGCCUAUGGCCGAGCCGGGAAAUUCAAGCUAGCCGAGGACAUUGUCAGAGAGAUGCCUAGUGAACGAGACAGGCAUGUGUUGGGAGCACUGUUAAGUGCUUACAAGGUGCAUGGCGGUGAUGAGGCUAAAUGUGAGCGCCUUAAAGAAUUGCUUCUCGGAGGAGAGGUGGGUGCUGGAGGGGGUACAUAUGCAUUGUUGUCAAACUUGCUGGCUGAUGCUGGUCGAUGGGAGGGCGCUAAUGCAGUUAGAGAUCAAAUGGCAGCAAGAAUGGUUGUUAAGACUGCUGCAUGUAGUUGGAUUCAGGUCUAAGGACUUGAUUACGAUAUUCAUUUGGUCUAACUAUAUAUGAACAUGAAUAGCCAGUUGUAUUAUCUGAUCUGGGAGUGAAGUUUGCAUUGUAGACUACACUAAGAAGUGAUGUCACACACGUUGUAAGCUUAUUCUGAGAUGGGAAAAGAGAAAAAAAGAUUUCGGCUUGAGGGCUCAGAAUUGUUGGGUGCAUGAAUCUCUUGUUCGGUAUAUCUCCUUUGUUUAUUCAGGGGAUGUGGUACUUCGUUGAUGGGAGAGUUAGGAAAGAUGUUUACAACUAGAUAAUAUAUGCAACCUCUAAAUCGCAAAUUACCUUCUAGGUGGAACCUAUUAUCCUGGAAAGUUGGAAUUAUUGAUAUCUCACAAUACCAAAAAUCAAAGGUUGUAAGAUCAAAAGAAAAUCUCCAUUCCGAGCUAGUUGGAUGACUUAUUCUGGCAUCCAAACAGGUCUUCUUCAAGUGUUAAUUGUUACUUGCAUAUGAACCUGUUGAUAAGAAGGUUUCAUCAUGAGGGAGAAAGGACCAUUGUAGCCAUUAAAAUUGGCUCAUUAUCUUUCACCAGAGCUGGAUAACUCCACCUGCCUAGUAGAAUCAAGCUAAAGCUGCUGUGUGUUGCCUAAUGGUGGUUCAGAAAGUAUUUGACAAAUUUUCUCUUAGCAUGAAAAAGCACCUCUGCCUUUCUUGUGGAGAAUUUUGCUUCUGUUUCAUCUGGAAAGUUUGACUGAAAUUAGGGUUCCGUGAAUUGCGGCGUGGCAUGGCAGGGGAA